AUUGACCACAUAAACUAGACUAGAUAUGCCAAUUAUGCCAUCAACGGUUUUGAGGAAAUUAGAAAGGGAACUAUAAUUUAAUUAUUGAUUGUCCAGUCUCUUGGCAGCUUCAACAUUGACAGGGGACAAUGAUGACGCAUCGGUAACAUUAGCUGCGUUAGCUAAGUAGCAAAUGUUAGCUAGCUAGCACGUUUAUUUACCUUUCUUUUUUUCUCUCUUUCCCUCUCUAAAACAUAAUUAUUUUAUAUAACACGCACAAUGAAGAAACAACACGUAUAAAUCUUGCGAGAGAUUUGCAAAUCUAAGGAACCAUCUAGACCUAGUUAUGACCUUGCCAAAGGACACUGUAAAUCAUUUAUAGUGUCCGUGAUGUUGCCCUGGAGGUAAUACAAGAACUCUUAUAAAAACAACCUUGCCCUCACUUCACCUUCACUCUCAGCUUCGGCUGUCAGCAGCAACCUUUCCAACUUUCACUUUCUGAAUACAUUUUUAAUCUAUAUAUACUUGAAAUUUUUUAAAUAUCAGAAGAAUCACCGUGAAUUUACUUGUCUUGCUUAUAUUUAAGCCAAACUAAGGACAAGGAAAAUGUGGCUGUUUUUCUUUCUGUUCUGGAUCGCAGUGAGAGCCAACGCCAAAGAACCACUCUACGGGAAAAUUGGUGACAAAGCUGUUCUCACACCAGACUCUGUAGUGAAUCCCAUCACCAGCAUAGUGUGGAAACAUGGAGCUGAUCUUGCCAUGGAGUGGUAUGGAGGCGAGACUUUCUCCUACCGACAAUUCAAAGAUCGUGGUCGGCUGAACAUUUCAAAUGGAGCGCUGACGAUCACAGGACUGACUCCAGACGACAGCAGCAACUACACAGUAGAGAUCAACAAUGAAGUCACCAGCAAGACUGAACUCCUGGUUAUCUCUCCUGUCUCUAAACCCACCCUCUCCUUAUGGUGUGAACCUGAGAUGACCUACUGUGUCCUCACCUGUAAUGGCAACACCACAGACGCUGAACUGGUCACCUACAGGUGGACGUCAGGUGAUAUAACGUGGUCUUCAACCAAGGAGCACAAUAUAACAAAGGAAAACAAUGAGCUGUGGUUCAGCUGUGCGUUUGAAAACCCAGUCAGCUUCAUCAGCAGUGAAAUAGUCUUCAACCCCUUCAUGGAAAAAAAAACACCCUACGGGAAAAUUGGUGACAAAGCUGUUCUCACAUCAGACUCUGUAGAGAAUCCCAUCACCAGUAUAGAGUGGAAACAUGGACCUGAUCUUGCCAUGGAGUGGUAUGGAGGCGAGACUUUCUCCUACCGACAAUUCAAAGAUCGUGGUCGGCUGAACAUUUCAAAUGGAGCGCUGACGAUCACAGGACUGACUCCAGACGACAGCGGCAGCUACACAGUAGAGAUCAACAAUGAAGUCACCAGCAACACUCAACUCCUGGUUAUCUCUCCUGUCUCUAAACCCACCCUCUCCUUAUGGUGUGAACCUGAGAUGACCUACUGUGUCCUCACCUGUAAUGGCAACACCACAGAUGCUGAACUGGUCACCUACAUGUGGACGUCAGGUGACAUGACGUGGUCUUCAACCAAGGAGCACAAUAUAACAAAGGAAAACAAUGAGCUGUGGUUCAGCUGUGCGUUUGAAAACCCAGUCAGCUUCAACAGCAGUGAAAAAGUCUUCAACCCCUUCAAUAAAAAAACACUCUACAGGAAAACAGGUGACAAAGCUGUUCUCACAUCAGACUCUGUAGAGAGUCCCAUCACCAGUAUAGCGUGGAAACAUGGACCUGAUCUUGCCAUGGAGUGGUAUGGAGACGAGACUUACUCCUACCGACAAUUCAAAGAUCGUGGUUCGCUGGACACUUCAACUGGAGCGCUGACGAUCACAGGACUGACUCCAGACGACAGCGGCAACUACACAGUAGAGAUCAACAACAAAGUCACCAGCAAGACUGAACUCCUGGUUAUCUCUCCUGUCUCUAAACCCACCCUCUCCUUAUGGUGUGAGCCUGAGAUGACUUACUGUGUCCUCACCUGUAAUGGCGACACCACAGGCGCUGAACCAGUCACCUACUGGUGGACAUCAGGUGACAUGACGUGGUCUUCAACCAAGGAGCACAAAAUAACAAAGGAAAACAAUGAGCUGUGGUUCAGCUGUGCGUUGAAAAACCCAGUCAGCUUCAGUGAAUUCAGUGAAAAAGUCUUCAACCCCUUCAUCAAAAGGGAUUGGACAUGGAUGUACAGCCUGAUAGGAGUGAUUCUGGUUGUGUGCAUCAUCGGCUUCUUAAUAUACAAAUUCAGAAAAGGAGCUGCUGAAAGGAGAGGGCAAGAGCAUCAAGAAAGGUCGGAUAAGGGAGCUGCUGAAAGGAGAGGGCAAGAGCGUCAAGAAAGGUCGGAUAAGGGAGCUGCUGAAAGGAGAAGGCAAGAGCGUCAAGAAAGGUCGGAUAAGGGAGCUGCUGAAAGGAGAGGGCAAGAGCAUCUAGAAAGGUUGGAUAAGGGAGCUGCUGAAAGGAGAAGGCAAGAGCGUCAAGAAAGGUCGGAUAAGGGAGCUGCUGAAAGGAGAGGGCAAGAGAUGCUAGAAAUGCUUCCACCUGUCCAAAACCCAUCCAUCCAGGACUCGACACCUGUUGCAGAUCCCAAGAAGUCAGCAAUGAUUCCUGAUGACCUGGAUACACGCUGCUGAUGGAUGAACAGACAGCAGAUCCAGAAGAUGAGGCCCAAAGCUGAAGUACUUUGGGUUU